AAUGAAGAUAGCUGAAUUAAUAGUGGGAAGUUUGAACUUAUUCAUUCAUUUAUCCAUUCACUUGUGAAAGUGCGUUUGUCCACGCGCGUUUUGCAGUGACGCACACAUCCUGCGACACAGCCGCCACUUUGAAGGCAUCAUGGCGGCUCCUGAGGGUAAAAAGCGUGGUCUUGAACAUUUGGACGAAUAUGAUCCAAAACCGGCCAAACAUCUCCGCAGCCUGCAUGACCGUAUGGCAGAGAGGAGGCUGGUUGUUAUUCUGGAGGGGGCCUCGUUAGAAACAGUGAAGGUUGGAAAAACCUUUGAGCUGUUAAACUGCGAUCAACAUAAAAACAUAAUCGUUAAAAGUGGAAGGAAUCCAGGAAAUAUAAGACCAGAUAUCACCCAUCAGUGCCUGCUCAUGUUGAUGGACAGCCCACUGAACAGGGCAGGCCUUUUGCAGGUUUACAUCCAUACAGAAAAAAAUGCCCUAAUAGAGAUCAACCCACAGACACGCAUCCCAAGAACCUUUACUCGCUUCUGUGGCCUUAUGGUUCAGCUGCUGCACAAGCUGAGUGUAAGAGCAGCUGAUGGUCCUCAAAAGCUUCUGAGGAUGAUUAAAAACCCAGUGUCUGACCACCUGCCUCCAGGCUGCCCCCGCAUUUCCACCUCCUUCUCUGCUGGAGAGGCUGUUUGCCCCCGGACUCUGGUGCCAGAAGGACCAGCUGCGGUUGUGAUUGGAGCAUUUGCACAUGGAGCGGUGAACGUGGACUACACAGAGAAGACCGUGUCUAUCAGUAACUACCCCCUCUCUGGGGCGCUGACCUGUGCAAAGAUAUGCUCAGCCUUUGAAGAAGUGUGGGGUGUCCUGUGACAGCCAGUGUAAUGAUCACUAGGCAAAAAGAAACAUGGACAUUCUUUAAUGGACUCAGAAUGGAUACAAUGGAAAAAUUGGAACAAAUAUCCAUUUUUCCAUUAGUGGCAUGAUUGAAACAUGUUGCAAACUUCAUUCUUGUAAUGAUGUUCUAAAAUAUAUAUAUUUUUCUGUAACCAAUGUUCCUCUUUUAUGAAGAUGUCUGGCUGUUUUUUAUUAUUAUGUUAUCACCUGUAUAAAAUUACUGAAUUUUGGACUACAAAUCAGUACAGUUAUAUUGAAUGACAUGGUGUUUUGGUGCUGGUUUUGUUUUAUAUAGACAAAAAUCAAAAGGUUAUUAUCUGCAGAGGUAAUAUUAUGAAAUAAGUGCAUGAUUUUCCUCAGAAAACGAGAAUGUCAAAGUAAAAUCAACCUUUAACAAAGCAGUUAACAUCAAAUGAAAAGUUUCAGGUUGCUGCUCAGGUUGCAGUUUAUUACUGAUCUACAUGAAUUACUCUAAAUGCUAAUUCUAAUAGUAGUAGUAAUCUCUUCUUCUGGAUCCUCAGCUAUUCCGCAUUUCAUAUCUUGAUUGUACCUUAGUGACCUUUCUUCUCAGUUGAUGUCUUCUUUUUCUGAUAGAUUUAGGACGAUGGCAUUGCUUUGGUUGGUGUCUUGCAUUCCUUUGAGAUGUCUUUUUAGCUGGUGGUGCCCUGUUUUUUCCUUUCUUCCCUGCUGUUUUACUGUUUUCCUUUUUGUUUUGUGUUUUUUUUUUCAUUAAAAAUACUAAAUAUAAAUGAUUUAAAAAAAUUUCAAGGGUACUUUUCGGGGUGUUUAGUCUCAGGGCAACACUGUCCCAUAAUGGUAUGGAAAGAACAAGAAACAUCAUUUAAAAUUUAAAUAAAAGUAGUUAAAGCAUA